UAUAAAGGAGCGGCUGAGGGGCCUCACCAGCAGAUACCACAGACGUCCGGCCAACAUGACUGCCUCUUUACCCACCUACCAACUCCUCUGCCUCAUCCCCGUCUUGGUCGUCCUUCUCCUUGCCUUUGGAAAAUUUUUGUCCCGCCGGCACGGCAGUUCCCCGGUGGAAGGUCACGGCUUUGGCGUGCUGAUAACCGGCUGCGAUAGCGGCUUUGGAUACGAACUGGCUCAACGCUUGGACCACAAGGGUUUUGUGGUCUUUGCCGGCUGUUUGUUUCCACAGGGGUUGGGUGCCCAGAACCUGGCCAGAGAGAGCUCGGGUAAUCUGAAAAUCCUCAAACUGGAUGUCACCAAUGAUGAGGAUGUGGAGCAGGCAAAGAGGAUCGUGAAGGAGAACCUGCCGGAGAAAGGCUUGUGGGCGGUGGUGAAUAACGCCGGCAUCUCGGACUGGGCUGAGAUCGAGUGGAGCACAAUUGAAGACUUCCGCCACAUGGUGGAUAUCAACCUCUUUGGCGCCAUCAGGAUGACCGUGGCCUUCCUGCCUUUGGUGCGUGCAUCAAAAGGUCGGAUGAUCUUUGUGUCGAGCAUCUUCUCGUUCUUUAACUGCCUGAACAUGGGGAGCUACAGCGUAUCCAAACGGGGACUGGAAGCCUUUGCUGACUGCUUGCGGGUGGAAAUGGCCAGCUUUGGAGUGAAGGUUAGCAUCAUUCAACCGGGUAACUUCGGCCAAGCUACCAACAUUGUGAAGAUGAAGACCCAAAACGAUAUUUGGAACAAGUUGGAUGAUGAGCGCAAGCAAAUCUUCAACCGCGACUACAUUGAGCUGGCCAUCAAUUACUUUAUAUCCACAUGCAAGAUGGGCUUCACCAGCCCAGACAAGGUCGUCGCCGCCAUGUUGGACGCCCUGACGGCCCCCCGCCCAAAACCUCGAUACAUGAUCGUCUCAGCCAUGGAUCGGGUCUUCUUCCAACUCCUUCCUUUUCUCCCGAGUGCUCUCACUGACUCUGUGUUUUCUCUCAGCUCCAUGUAUACGAAAAGAAAAGAAAUGCUGUAUGUGAAGUAGGGAAAGACUUUUUUUUUCCUUCAUUUUUUUAUUUAAUGGGAUGAAAAUGACAAAAUCUAACUGACUGAUGAGUCUUAACUCUAAAGAACAAUGGCCAUGAAGGGUCUAUAUUUCAUUUCUAUUAGUCUGUCACAGUUUUGAGCGAAGGCUCGACUGUAUUAGCUUUGGUUCUCUUGAACAAACUGCUCGGGGCAUUCUUGAGAAUCGUGCUUGUUUGUAUGCUAGCUUAUGUAUUCUAUAAAAAAAAUACAUUGGGAUUUUUUUCUUGGGUCUAGGGGGUCACUAAUAAAUUGCUCUUGUACUAUGGGCCAGGAUUUUGUGUGUGAAAAUUGUAAAGCUCUUUGUUCAGUAGAUUUAUUACAAGAAGGUGUUGUCCUGAAAU